GGUGACAGAGCUGGGGGCGUGUGCCAGCGCGGAUGGAUCCCAGCGCUGGUGGGAGGAGCCGGGCACAGUGCGGUUAUAGAGCGGCGGCAGAGGUUGCUGUGCUGUCUCCAGUCUCCGGCAGUAGUGGUAUUCGCAGCAGCAGGAGGGUUACUCCGCUGUGUCUCUGGCUCUCUGUCUCCGUGCAGUCCCCUCGGAGGAGCCGCUAUAUGAGUAACCGGCUCCCGGGCAUCGCACAGACCAGGACCGUUGUCACUUUCCCGGCUUCUUCUUCUCCCCUUGCACCGUCUCUGGACUGUAUCCGAGACUCUCUUAUACCGGGAUGGAGAAGUAUCUUCCGCAGCUGCUGGCGGAGAAGGACGCGCUGGAUCCCUCAUUUACACACGCUCUCAGGAUGGUGACUGAAGAUCACCUGAAACCUACUUAUGUUCCUGCACCUCCAAGCAAGACUGACUCAAAUCCCGAGGAAGGGUUCAAAUCAGGCCCAUUUGCCAGAACUCGAGAUACAUCCGAGAACCAGCAGCCUCCCUUAGUCAAGCACGCAGCGAAAAUGAUACUUACACUGCUGGAUUCCAUCACAGAGAUUGAAAAACUUCAGAAGGGAGAAGAUAAUGAAGAUGACACGGAGGACCAAUAUAUUGAUGUAGUGAUAAAUAAGAACAUGAAGCUGGCACAAAAAGUCCUAAUCCCUAUUAAACAGUUUCCUAAGUUUAACUUUGUUGGUAAGCUCUUGGGUCCACGUGGAAAUUCCCUGAAAAGAUUACAAGAAGACACACUAACUAAAAUGUCCAUACUUGGAAAGGGAUCUAUGAGGGAUAAAGCAAAGGAAGAAGAGCUCCGAAAAAGUGGAGAAGCAAAAUACUUCCAUCUAAACGAUGACCUCCAUGUUCUCAUUGAGGUGUUUGCUCCACCGGCAGAAGCCUAUGCCAGAAUGGGACAUGCUCUAGAAGAAAUUAAAAAGUUUCUUAUUCCCGAUUACAAUGACGAAAUCAGACAGGCCCAGCUGCAAGAACUCACCUAUCUAAAUAAUGGAUCUGAAAAUGAAGAAGUUCCAGUGGUUCGUGGAAAGCAGACAGUCCGUGCACGCGGUGCACCAGUAUCUGCAUUGUCACGGGGUCGUGGUGGGGUGCCACCUGCCUCUGCAGGGGUACCUAGAGGGGCACCAGCUCCUAGAGGUGGGACCCCGGCAAGAGUACCAUCAACACGGGCUCGGGGACAUCUCGCCUCAAGAGCAAGAGGAAUUCCCCCACCCACUGGAUACCGACCCCCACCACCGGCGCAGGACACAUAUGGAGAAUAUGAUUAUGAUGAUGGCUACGGAACAGCAUAUGAUGAACAAAGUUAUGAUUCUUACGAUAACAACUAUAAUUCACAAGUACAGAGCACGGGAGAUUACUAUGAUUAUGGGCACGGGCUGGGUGAAGACUCAUAUGAUUCAUACGGACAAGAAGACUGGGCAAACUCCAGACACAAGGCUGCUUCCUCAAGAGCUACAAAAGGCACCUACAGAGAUCAACCAUAUACAAGAUACUGAUUGUACAGUCUGACGUGAAUUAAACCCUCUCCUCCAGUCCUGUUUACUGUUCAAAGUAAUUUUUUUUCUAUGAACGCUCAUUUCCUUUCCAUUAAAAUCCUUCUAAACCUGACUGAAAGGAUGGACUGAAUCUAAACAUUUUUUUUAUUUAUCUUUGAAAAACCAAAUGAACAAAACAUUGUAAACCAACCUUGUUAUAUACGAUAGUCUGUAUUUGAAAAUAGGUGGUCAAAAGGAUGAAUUUAACUUUUAACUAGUGUUAAACCAGUUAGAUUGACUAAAAAUGUUAAUCCAUUCUUUAACAUAAGCGUAACCUCUUAUUUAAAGGGUUUUUGACAAACUUUAGUUUCAGCUUUACUUUAACAAUUUGCUACUUUUCACUUGUAAAACUGCAUAAAUGAAAAGAAAAAAAUCACAAAUGCAAAUAAUGUGGUAUCUUUUUGUAACAAGUCUUGAAAUGUACUGUAGUGUUGAGCAAAGUUUACUGUUGCUUAAUACUAAUAAACUUUUGAAAAAAAAUGUGUGUGAAACAGUAAUUUUAUGUAUCAUUUAAAAAAACUAAAAUAAAUAGUGGUAAACAGGAAAAAUAUUUCUAACACUGAUAUUUAUAAAAGGUUGACAUUAAACAUUGUGCAGUUUGUCUUAAAUUUGGUAUAAAACUAAACACUCUCACAGUAUCACUCUAAGAAUAAAUGCUGUAUAAAUGGUA